ACUCAAGAUACCGAUGGUUGUUUUGGCUAGGGAUUCACCAGAAAGAAAUGAAGCCCAACCUGCUAAACUGAAGUCUGGCACUUACAUUCCAAUUUCUUUUAUCUCAGAGAUUGAAGGGGUUAAAAUGACAGAGCUCGGCUUCCUAGAUGGAGCCAGAAAAUUUUCUUUUUUUUUUUUUUCUCCCUCCAAAGCUGCAACUGAAUUCCUCUUCCUGUCUUUCCUCCUGGAUGGCUGGUUUGAAAGGAAGCACCACCUUUCUACUGUUUGCUGUUUACCCCCCCCCCCUUUUUUUUGGGCAUUUUAUAUUGCAGAUUUGCAAGACUGCAACCCAGCUGUGGAAGUGAGUGAAGGAAAAAGACGGUGGAGAAUUUGAAGGGAAAAGGGGCGAUCAGAGUGAAGAGAAGUCCAGUUUCAGCCUAUCCGAAGUUUCUGAGAAGAACUGAGUUAAUGUAUCUUUAAGAAGACCACACAUGAGGUUCGAUAUUAAUUGUGGAGCUACAGUACAUAGGAGCCCCAUUCUGCAGAACUAAACAAAGGGCCAACCAAAACUUUUAAAAAAUGGAGGAAGAAGACCGGGCAGGAUCCAGAGAACCUGAGAAGAGAUUGGAAGAGGUAGGAAGAGGCCGCGAUGCCACCUGUGUAGAGAGCAGAGUGAAGUUUGUGGCCAAGGAAACACCGUCACUUCCGAAACAGAAGCUAGCAGAUGGGCUCCAGCAGGGCUGGGAAGGCCAGCCCAGGCCAAAUUUGUUGACCUGCCCGCCAUUUCCUUAUCCAAGAUGGAAGAAUCGAAUAUCCAAAUUAAGGCCUGGCAGUCAAGAAAGCCCAUCCUCCUUGGAAAGAGUGGAGGAAGGGUAUCGGUGGCCUAGAAAAGAAUAUGCUACUCAAACUAGGACAGGCUUCUGGGAGAAGGCACACAAGGCCUAUGCAAACCUGAACUUUCCUGUGAACGUGAAGGAGGAGAUUCUGCAGGACAUCCUUGAUUCGGAGAGGCAGCGCCAACAGUUCAGACGGUUCUGCUACCAGCAGGCUGAAGGCCCUCGAGAGGCCGCUAGCCAACUUUGGGAACUCUGCCACCAGUGGUUGAAACCAGAGGAACUUACAAAGGAGCAGAUCCUGGAGCUGCUGGUUCUGGAGCAGUUUGUGAGCAUCCUGCCCGUGGAGAUCCAGAGCUGGGUCCAGGAAAGCAGCCCCGAGACCUGUUCGGAGGCGGUGGCCCUGGCUGAGGACUUCUUAGCAAGACAACCAGAGGAAUGCCAGCCGAGCUCUCCAGAGAGAGACCAAGGAUGCGCAAACUGCUGGCCUCCUUGGAAUAAUAUGCCAGAAUCUUUGGAAAACAUGCCUGCUAAAAGCCCCAUUUCAGAGCAGCGGCUGUCUGAUGAUCCAGGAAAGGGGCAACUAGCCAACAAUGGCAAGCCAAAGAGUGAUAAGGAAACCUUCUUCUUGGGUAACAACGACACAGAGACAAAAGAAGAUGGAUUCCUUGAGCAGGAAACAUCUUUGGCCAAAGAGACACUUCUCCCAUUCCAUGAUGAGAAGGAGACCAAGCCUGAAAAUCAGCCAGAACAGAGCUUUCAAAAAGACCAUCCUAAGAAAACCAAGCUUUGCCAAGGUGGUGAUGGACACGUUGUCAAAGAAGACCGAAUCCAAAAUAAAAGCAAAAGAAAAUGCACGGAGUGUGGACAUCUCUGUGAGGUCAAUGACCUUCCUAACAAUCAGAAAAUGGACCUGGAAGAAUGUUAUAUCUGCCCCCAGUGUGGGAAAACCUUCAAGAAUGGAGCCUCCAGCCAGGGAACUGCGGCCAGGGCUAAACCCUAUCCGUGCUCAGAGUGCAGCAAGAGCUUUGGCACCAAAGCGGCCCUCCUGAAGCACAAAGCAACCCACACGGGGGAGAAACCCUACGUGUGCUCCGAAUGCGGGAAGUGCUUCACGACCAGCUCCAACCUGAUCUACCACAACAUCGUCCACACGGGGGAGAAGCCCCACAAGUGCGCCAACUGCGGCAAAGGCUUCUACUGGAAGUCGUCCUUGAUAACCCACGAGAGGACUCACACGGGGGAGAAGCCGUACGCCUGUCCCGAGUGCGGGAAGAGUUUUGGGAACAGCUCCCAGCUUCUGAGGCACAAGAGGGUGCACACGGGCGAGAAGCCGUAUCACUGCUCCGAGUGUGGCCGGAGCUUCAACCAGAUCGCCUCGCUCAUCGCGCACAAGAGAAUCCACACGGGGGAGAAGCCGUACGAGUGCUCCGAGUGCGGAAAGGGUUUCGGCACGCGGACCAACCUGAUGAUGCACCGGAGGGUCCACACAGGAGAGAGGCCAUAUAAGUGCUCCUACUGUGGGCAGAGCUUCAGCCAGAGGACUCACCUCAUCAUCCACGAGAGGACCCACACGGGAGAAAAGCCCUACAGCUGCUCCGAGUGCGGGAAAAGCUUCAAUGCCAAAGCGCCCCUGAUCACCCACAAAAGGAUCCACACCGGGGAGAACCUUUACCAGUGUUUCCAGUGCGGGAAAAGCUUCAGCACCAGCUCCAAUCUUCUGAACCACAAUAUCAUCCACACGCGGGAAAAACCCCACAAAUGCUUGGACUGUGGCAAGUGCUUCAAUCGGAAAUCCUCCCUGAUUACUCACCAGAGGACCCACACCGGGGAGAAGCCCUACGCCUGCUUUGAGUGUGGGAAGCGUUUCAUUUCGAGCUCGGAUCUCACCAAGCACAAGAAAGUUCACCGGGGGAAGCGGGCAGCCUGUCCUGCCACUUUAGGCUAUAGCCCAACACUUGAAGAAUCAGGGGAUCCGGGACAACACCCUUGCUGAAAUCUGAUACUUGAUUGACCUCGAUCUUAUUCAGGUAGUCCUUUACAAACAAUCGUGAUUGGAGCCCAAAAUUUCCAUUGCUAAACAAGAGAAGUGAAUUUUGCCCCAUUUUAUGACCUUUCUUGCCACAGUUGUUAAGUGAAUCACUAGUUGUUCAGUUAGUAACACGGUUGCUAAGUGAAUCUGGCUUUCCCAUUGACUUUGCAUGUCAGAAGGUCGCAAAAGGUGAUCACAUGACCCCAGGGGCACUGCAACUAUCAUAGCAUCUUAAGACUUAUAUCCCGCUUCACAGUGCUUUACAGCCCUCUUUCAAAGGUUUUACAGAGUCAGUCUAUUGCCCCCAACAAUUUGGCUCAUUUUAUCAACCUCGGAAGGAUGGAAGGCUGAGGCAUCCUUGAGCAAAGUGAGACUAGAACUGCCGAAUUGCUGGCAGUCGGCAGUCAACAGAAUUAGCCUGCAAUUAGCCUUUCUAACCACUGCACCACCAUGGUGUCAGUUGCCAGUUGUCUGAAUUUUGAUCAUGUGACCAUGGGGAUGCUGCAACCGCAAGGAUUAAAAGCAGUCAUAAAUCACUUUUCGGGCCAUUGUAGCUUCAGGUCACUAAAUGAACUGUUGUAAGUGGAGGACUACCUGUAUAAAGCAGGUCCUGGAGACAAUGAAGUGUCAUGGUUAGUAGGUCUCCUAACCAGGGAUUACCUCUUUGCAGUAUUUUAUUUGGUAUCUCAUUUCGCACUUGGGAUAAAAUGUGGGUUGGAUCUACUGAAACUUUUUUAUCUGCUGUGAUAUUCUUCCUCCUAACUUGCUGACUUCCUCCUGAUGUUUUUGGGAGGGGAGAAUAAAUGGGGGGAGGGGUUACAACUCUUCUUUCCCAUCCAUUUCUUUAGAAAUGGUUUCUUGGUAUCCACAAGUAAACUGGAGAUGCCCAGAUGCGGGAGAUUAGCUGCCUUUCAGAAGUGUCUAUGGAGAUUCUUAGUCAUCCAGCAGGUCAUGGUUGUCCCAAAGGUGCUUUUUCAAAAGGCAACUGGACUUCCUUGUUUUUCCUUGAAGACUGUUUUGCUUCUCAUCUAAGAAGCUUCUUCAUGGAAAACCUGAUGAAGAAGCUUCUUGGAUGGGAAGGGAAAAGUCUUCAAGGAAAAGCAAAGUCCAUUCGAUUGCCUUUUCCAAAAGCAUCUAGGGGUGCCCUUCAGAAGAAGCUGAGAAAGUCGUUCAUGCGAUUCUUACUUGCCAAUUAGGUUUCUCCCACCCACCCCCAAGGCAAUUUUUCCUAAAGGAAAACAACCAUGGAUUUUUUAAAAAUCUCCUGCCUUGUUUUUUUCUCUCCAUCUUCUGCUCUUUUAGUGGUUAAAAAAAAAAAAAAAAUCUGAGAAAAAACAGUGGUGGGAUGAUGGUGCUGACAGCCUGGAAAGGGAACCACAAUCAGAAAGGAAUUUAAAAAGCCUUGGGGGCAUGGGAAGGCAGGUUUGAAACUGUUUUCUACCAUCUGUUCCUUGCCCUGCAAAUCUUCUCUCUUUUCCUGCAGGCUUCCCCCCCACCCCCCACCCCAAUGCAGUAAAAAUGAGUGCUACAAAGAACCGCAAGCCAUAAAAGAGGGUUUAAAGCCACCUUCCCUAAUCCAGAGUUCUUGUCAGACCUGGGCCCCAAACUUGGUCUCUUAUGAAAGAAACACUCUCGGCUCCAUUUGUAGUGAAAAAGGUACUUUUACUUGUAGGAAGUUAGCACCCACCCCUCUCCUAGAAGAAUGAAAUAUUUUAGGAAGUAUUAAAAAGGCAGAAUAUAUUUCCCUGGAUGAGAAAUGGAGAAACAUGUUUUAAAGACAAAGCAGCUCCCACCUUCCUGCCUCCCCUCCCCCACUUUUGUCAAUGGGCCAUCAUCUGCAAUACAAUAGAACCCAUCUAGCAACAGAAAUUCCCCACGUGGCACCUGGGGAGAUUACAUCAGCCAGCAGAGCUAGCUAAGCCCCCCACCCCUUGGGAGUCCGACAGCCAAUUAGGAUACUCUUCCUGUGCCCCAGGAAGUUCAAAGCCAGAGAGGGUAUAAAACCCAGGGACUCUCAGCAUCUCUGCCCUUUUCUGCUCAGGAACUCAAACCACGUGAUCCUGUCCACCAUUAAACUGUCUUUCCAAGCAGUCUCCAUGUUUCCAGUAUCUUUUUCCCUACUUGGAACUGAACCCAGAAGGAUAGUUCUUCCAACAUACUAAAAGCCAGCUGAUUACAAAGCCAGAACUAAGAGUUUGACUGCCACAGAGCCUCGGUGGUGCAGUGGACUAAAGUGCUGUUAAGUGCUAGCACUUAACUGCCAGCUGCCUGCAAUUAGUGCAGGUUCGAAUCUCAGCAGGCUCAAGGUUGACUCAGCCUUCCAUCCUUUCGAGGUAGGUAAAUUGAGACCAGGAUUGUGGGGGCAAUAAGCCAACUCUGUAUAAAACAACACCGCUUGGGGGGGGGGGCGAAAGCCCUAAUAAGCAGGUAUAUACAAAAAAGUAUGCAGGCUAUUGCUAUAAUGCAUUGUAAGCCGCCCUGAGUCUACGGAGAAGGGUGGCAUAUAAAUUGGACUAAUAAAUAAAUAAAUAAUAAAAUCCCCAAGUUAAUUUUCCCUUCCCUGGCCCAUCCCCCCCCUUACCAAUUUACAUUCAGAGAAGUUGUUUUGGUAACAGUGCCUGUUGUGUUUGGUUAGAUGGAUAGGUGCUGCAUUCCAUUCCCAAGGACUGCACGACUAUUUCCCAUGUCUUCCUUUCAGGUUCCUCUUUACCUCCCCGCCAAAUUCCCUCCACCCAUAAGAUAUGGCAGACUGACAUCUAGCGAAGCGUAGAGUUGAUUGAAAGAUGGCAGCUCUGAUAGUUCUGCAGAUAUAGUGGACACCAAUUCUCAUAAUAACUUAGCCAGCAUAGCCACUGGUUUAAACACCUGGCUCGUCUUAAAAGAUGGACCGUUUACAGGACCAUGUCCUGUAAAUAUUUUUUUUUUCCAUGAGGGGGCAAAUCUAUAUUUCAAGGGGAUUCAUUAUCAAUGAAUUUCAAGGCUGGAUUUUAAACCUUUCUUCCUGUCUCUGCUUCACUGGGAUCAGAAAACUCACCUAGGCUUCAAAAUGAGAUUCUGGAGAAUGAAUCCUGCAUAGAAAAAUUUGAACAGUGGAUUUCAGCUGGGUAAAUUGUUUCAGUUUCACAGCUAUAUUGGGAUAUUUCAAUCAGAAUAGAGCUGGAUGGGACCUUGGGGGUCUACUCCCACCCCCUGCUCAAGCAGGAGAUCCUAUAUAUACCAUUUCAGAAAGUGACUGUCUAGUCUCUUCUUAAAAGCCUCCAGUGAUGGAAGCACCCACAACUUCUGAAAGCAAAGCCAUUCCAUGGUUAAUUGCCCUCACUUCUUUAGGUUUAGGUUUAUUUGAUUUGUAUACCGCCCUACUCCCGAAGGACUCAGGGCGGUGAACAGCCAACAAUAAAAUACAUAAAUACAAAAAAUUUAAAAACCAGAUAAAAUCAAAUUAAAUCAUUUUGGCCCAGACAGAUUAAAACACCCCAAUAAUUUAAAAACAGAUUAAAAUUUGCAUAUUUAAAAAGGGAAGAAAUUAGGCCAAGCCCGCCUGAUGGAAUAAAAAGGUCUUCACAGCACAGCGGAAGGAGCGCAGAUCCGGGAUCCUCCGUAUCUCCGGGGGGGAGCUCAUUCCAGAUGGUAGGUGCCCCCACAGAGAAGGCUCUCCCCCUAGGGGCCGCCAGUCGGCACUGUUUGGCUGACGGCACCCGGAGGAGUCCCUCUCUAUGAGAGCGUACUGGCCGGUGGGAGGCUAUUGGUGGUAGUAGGCGGUCCCGUAAAUAACCAGGUCCUAAGCCAUGGAGCGCUUUAAAGGUGGUAACCAAAACCUUGAAGCGCACCCGGAAGGCCACCGGGAGCCAGUGCAGCUCGCGCAGGAGAGGUGUUACAUGGGAGCGCCAUGUCGCUCCCAUUACCACCCGCGCAGCCGCACUGCGCCAGUUGGAGCCUCCGGGUGCUCCUCAAGGGGAGCCCCAUGUAGAGAGCAUUACAAUAGUCCAGGCGGGAGGUGACGAGGGCAUGAGUGGCAAACCUCUCAAAUACUGGAAUAUUUGAUAAUGGAUAAAUGAAAAGGUGUGGACUUCCUUUCCUAGAAUUCCCUGGCCAGCAACGGACAGAGUAAAAAUGAAAACAUUAAAUCAAUAAUCCAAAUCAGUUUCAAUAGAAGAGAGUAUCUGUAGCUCAGGAUUCAGUGGUGGAGUCCUUAGUGCUCUUUAAGUUUGGUGGUUUUCAUGCAGACAUUUCAUUACCCAACUAGGUUACUUCAUUGGUUUCUACCACAGACAAAACUACACCCCCACCAACACUAGCAGAGCAAAGCUUCUGUUUGUAAACUGAACAAGCUCCACCCUACUUCGCAGGGAUGAUGUUACCUAGUGGGGUAAUGAAACAUCUGCAAGCAAACUACCACCUUCAGAAAUCACCAAGGGCUCUGUGUUUUUCAACCUUAGCAAGACUGGCUGGGGAAUUCUGGGGGUUGAAGUCCAUACAUCUUAAAACUGCGACAGUUGAGAAACAUUGGUCUAAAACCUUUAUAUGUAGCUUUGGGAUGCUUGUUUAAUCUUCAAUGCCACCAUCUGCAGUAUAGCAAAAAUGUAUUUUGUGCUGAAAACAAAAAUCCUCCAUAAUCAUACCUGGCAUGCCCUUUCAUACAGUUUUUUUUAUAUACAUGUAUUCCCUUUGGGUCAAGAUUUGUGGGCUGAGAAUUGCUAACACAGUUCUGUACAUGUAUUAGUUGUAGAUUCUAAAUGAAAUCUUCGCAAAUAUUUCAUGUUCCAUUAUUUGUCUCUCUUUGGAUACACUUUUGGCCAGUUUUCCUAAUGGGUAUGCCAGCUUUUUUUCUUCUUUUACAUUUGGACCACUUUAAAUACUGGCACUCCCUUUUCUUCCUCUUGAAGCCAUUUUCUUCCAUAUUUCCUGACUGUUCUUUUUUAUAGUGUAUUAUGUCUCUUGAAAUUUGUGACUUUCUUAAUAUGGAAAAAGAAAAUACAACAUGUUUUGUGAUGUACUUAUUAAAUAAUGCCCUUUUAA